AUGUCGUGGAGACGUACCCCGAUCACUUCCCAUAUUCGAACAUGGACGACCCUCGCAGCUAAUGAACGAGCGAAUCGUGCCAUUCUAUUCCCAGGCCAAGGAUCCCAGUUUGUAGGCAUGGGAAAGGAUCUUUAUGAAAUGUAUCCUCGUUCAGCCAAGUUGGUAUUCGAUGAAGCAGACGAAGCUGUGGGAGGUGGAUUGAAAUCAUUGACAUUUGAAGGAGACCAGGGAAAACUCAAACUCACCGAGAAUGCACAACCCGCUAUUUUGACGACUUCGAUUGCUAUGCUCAAAGUGCUGGAGAUCGACUUUGGUCUUGAUAUCGCAAAGCAUUGUCAAUAUGCAUUGGGCCAUUCGCUAGGAGAGUACACUGCUCUUGUCGCUACGGGUGCACUUGGUUUGGCGGAUGGUGUUCGUUUGGUGCGUUUACGUGGCAAAGAGAUGCAGCAAGCUGUAGCCGAUCGUUGUGGUCAAACAGCCAUGUCAGCCUUGGUGGUACGCAAAGCAAAGCUUUCAGAUUUGGAAAAGGCCAUCCGAGAAAUCAAUGCUGAACUCCCCAGUGGUGAGCUUGUUCAAUUGGCAAAUGUUAACAGUUCGGCACAAGUGGUUAUCAGUGGAACGAGCAAAGGGGUUGAUGAGGCAUCAAGGAUUCUUCAAACCAAACGCCUUGCAGCAAGAGCUGUUGAUUUGCCUGUCUCAGCACCAUUUCAUUGUUCAUUGGUGCAAGAUGCAGCCGAUGCUAUGCAAGAGGCAUUUACCAAGAUCCCCUUUAAAGAGCCAUGCAUAAACGUCAUUUCCAAUGUAACAGCAAGACCGUAUGACAGUGUGGAUGAGAUUGCUCCCUUACUCGUCAAACAAGUGACAUCGACUGUUGAAUGGCAUAGGAGCAUUGAAUAUUGCAAGGAUCAAAAUGUCAAUGAGUUUAUUUGCUUUGGCCCAGGAAAGGUGUUGGCUAAUUUACUGAAAAAGGAGCAUCCAUUGGAUAAGAUAAGAGCAAUUACCAGUGCAGACGACAUCCUCCAUCAUGCAAAAGAGUUUCAACAGAGAUAUUGA